CAGCAGAAAGUCAUUAAGAGCAGCCAAGCUUCAUUUUGCAGUAAGGAACUCAAUGGGGGCUCUGAGAGGGGAGGUACAAAGUCAGCUGGAGCAGGAGCUGCCAGCUCGCACCAACGGCUCGGGGCCCACUGCCCCGGCGCUCGCCCGUGAUGCCCUCCACACCAAGAUGGAGCAGCUGGAGGAGCAGCUCCUCUCCAAGAUACUGACCCUGCAGAAGGAACGCCAGGCUGCCAGCACCGACCGCAGCCAGCAGCAGCACGACAUCGAGAAGGAGCUGAACUCCCUCCAGAACCGGGUGACGGAGCUGGAGCAUGGACCUCCAGGCUACAGCCCUCCUGAUGCCUUCAAGGUGACCAUCCCAGUGCAGAACAACUACAUGUACGCCCGCAUGAAGAAAAGCCUGCCAGAGCUCUAUGCCUUCACCAUCUGCAUGUGGCUGAAGUCCAAGGCCCUGGCGGGGCUCGGCACCCCUUUCUCCUACUCUGUCCCAAGCCAAGCCAAUGAGAUUGUGUUGCUGGAGUGGGGCACCAACCCCCUGGAGCUGCUCAUCAACGAUAAGGUUGCCCAGCUGCCACUGAGCCUGAAGGACAAGGCCUGGCACCACGUCUGCGUGGCAUGGACCACCCGGGACGGAAAGUGGUCGGCGUACCAGGACGGCGAGCAGCGGGGUGCCGGUGAGAACCUGGCCUCCUGGCAUGCCAUCAAGCCCCAGGGCGUCAUCAUCCUGGGCCAGGAGCAGGACACGCUGGGCGGCCGCUUUGACGCCACGCAGGCCUUCGUGGGAGAGCUGGCACAGUUCGGCGUGUGGGACCACAUGCUGGCACCGGCGGAGAUCCUGGGCUUGGCCAACUGCACCUCCCACCUCCAAGGCAACGUGAUCCAGUGGGAUGACCAGGCAGUGGAGGUCUUUGGGGGCGCCAGCAAAGGGGGCUUCGCUGCCUGUGAGGAAGGGAGGAAGGCGUGA